GAGCUCGGCGGGGCUGAGCGGGGUCAUGGCGGUGCUGGUCCUGGUCCGCUCUCCGCUGCCGCGGCUUCGCGCUCUGUUCCAGCGCUGCUGGGGGCGGCUGGAGCGCGGCCUCUGGCCGGGUGUCUUCGGGAGCCAAAGCCCGCCCUGGGGACCAGCACUAGCUGUGCAAGGUGCAGCUCUCAUUCCAGGAGGGAUCAACGAUGCCAGUGAGAGCAGCGCCGAGGCGCCGAGCCUGCUGGGGAGUGUGAUGUGGAUGGCGGCACCCAAGCACAGGCGCACCAUCGAGGUGAACCGCUGCAGGCGGAGGCAUCCCAGCAAGCUCAUAGAAAUAAAGAGGAACAUAGAUGUUUGUCCUGAGUGUGGAAACUUGAAGCAGAAACACGUCCUUUGUGGCUAUUGCUAUGCAAAAGUCAAAGAAGAAACUCGACUGAUACGGAUGGAAAUAUACAAGAAAGAAGGACGUCCAUUUAAUUCUCCAACUGUAGAGACUGUUGUCCUUUAUGAAGGAGAAAAACCCACAGAAGCAGAUGAAGGCAAGCGGAUCAUUGAAAGAGCCAGGAAGCGUCCAUCUUGGUUUGUUCAAAAUUGAUACUGUAGAAAUACUGUAGAAUUAUAAUGGUAGCAAAAGCAGUUGCUGCAGGAAGAGAAUUCAUGAUUUUCAAGAAUGUUUUUCUCAUUCACUCUGUGUGAACAGAACUCUGAACUUUUGGGAAGGCUGCUUGCAUUUUGUGUUUUGCCAUGUGAUUUUACAGUCAGGCGUUGUUUCUCCAGCAUGCAGUGGGAAAUGGUUCUCAGUGAUAUAUCACAGCAGUCAACAGAGAGAAAUCAGGAUCUGCCUUGGAUUUGGAUAUCUGUGUACUGUACCCUGAACAAUUUGUAUGCUAAUGUUCUAUGCUGGUUUUGUAAUUAACAUAUUUUAAAUUCAUGGCUGUACAAUAAAGUUUGUUAAGUAUCCCAGGGAAA